AUGCUUGAACGAGCUGUAGGAUGUCUCGAGUUCGCCGGGCAAGGCGUACUGCACAAAUACGGAGGCGUCCUUCGCAGUCAAAAAACUCUCGACCCUACUUUCUGGAAACACCAAUUUUCCGACGCAGAUUCGAGCCCUUGGCAAUCUGGACUUCACCAUCAGUCCAAUCCUGGCCCACCGGCCCCUAUCGUCACUCAAUCUUCGCCUGACUUUUUUCUCGACUUCCUCUACCCUCGCAGAUGUCUCGUCAGCGCUGCCGCUUGGGCUUCGAAGAUAAGAAAGGGCAACGUCAAUAUUCACAAAAGACGUCGUGUUUUGAAUUUUGCGAGGAGUUACUCUCAAACGCCUCGCUCUCGCACCCGGCCCGUCGCCCAUGGGGUAUCCCAAGGCAACAUCUCACGAGCCUCGAGACGAUCCCAUGCUUCUGAAGCUUCACACCAUCUAGCAAAUAUCGAAAACAUCGGUUCGAAUACGAUUUCACGAACGAGGUUGCAUCGAGACUACGACCGAGCGUGGGUAUUAUGGAAACAAGGCGAUCAGGACCCAGAAUCAAGAUCCCGUCUCAUGGCCUAUUUUUCUAUGUCGGAUAGGUCCCUCGAUGUUGAGCGAGCUAUUGGCUUACUUGAAGAUAUUGAUAUUGAUAAACGCAGCGCGAAUGACUACGAAAUUAUGCUUCAGCCUUUGCUCGAAGCAGGCCAUCUGCCUGCGGUUGAACGCUUAUGUGACGACGCUGUCGCCAAGGACAUCGAUAUAGAUGUGUGGUCUCUGGCCACGAAAAUCGCUAUUCAGUGCACGAAAUGGCGAGAACUGUCAUACAUAUGGAACAAAAAGCAUGUGGACCUUUCCAACGUAUUGCCGUCUACCUUAGCUUCAGUCAGUGACCUGCCUAGUCAUUUUGACUCUUUCCUCGCAUAUCUCGAGGAGAAUUCGGCAACACUUACCGAUUUACAAUUGGCUUCAGAUGUGCUUGAUUUCGUGUUCGAGUCAGAUAAAAUCAUGCGUGACAUGAUCGUUGAGAGUGCAUUGUCUCUAACACGGAGGUCGGCCAACUUAGGUUUCCUUCAGCAAAGCCACUAUAACCGCGCCAUUCAGACUCUGCUCAAGAUUGGGAAACGAGCCAGCAGAGUAUUUUCAAUGGUUCUUUAUCGUAAUUUUCGGUGGCACCUGAGUACGUGCAAGCCAACCAAAACGCUUCUUCAUCAACUGUUGGGAAUGUUAGCCGAGAUGAAGACACAUUAUGGGGUUCAGUACCUCCUUGACGAAUUCUCGCAUUUUUACAAACAGCCAUCGAUAGGAGCAUACAAUUACGCGCUCCUCGCCUUUUCUCGAUCAGGCGACGUACCAAAAACACAAGAAACGUUCAACAAGAUGGUAGAGUUGUAUGGGACCUCCACAAAAAAUCCCGAUGUUGGCCACAAAACGCCAAGAACUCCGAGAUGGGUUUUACCAGUCAUACAUGCCCAUGCAAGGAUGGCCGAUUAUCCAUCAGCGGAAUAUGAGUUCCAUAGAAUUGCACAUGUCUAUAAAGUACAACAAAGUCGACAUUGCUGGAAUGCACUGAUUUCAGCUCACGCCAACGCUCGUAAUGUUCGCGGGGCUUUUAGAGUUUGGCGGCGAAUGCAACGUAAGGGUGUGCCACCAGACUGGUAUACAUACGGGACAUUGAUGGGCAUGUGCGCUAGGCUGGGUGAUGUUGAGAAUACUAUUGCGCUAUGUAAGAUGGCGGAAAAAAUGCCGGGCAAGAUGCCUGUAGCUUUGAUGGAUACGGUAGUCGAAGCUUAUUGCCGCAACCAGCGCUUUCAAGAAGCCGAAGAUAUGGCAGAAAGGUGUCUUGCUUUGUCUCUAUCCGGUUCGCGCACUCGAAUGUGGAAUGUCUUACUAUACUCUCACGCCUUACGAGCAGAUCUUGAUUCGGUCUCUCGAAUUCAGACUCGCAUGAAAGAAGCUGGGAUAGAGUUUGAUGAGAUGACUUAUGCUGCUAUAAUGCUCUGUUUUGUUGUUAUCGGACAGCCCAAUUCAGCUCGACGCCUGCUUCGAGGCUUACAGCGAGGUCGACGAAUUCAAGCCACUGAGUUCCAUUAUACCUUAGUACUUUACGGCUACGUUCAACAAGGCAACAGAGAUAUGAUCUAUCUCAUCAAUAAAGAAAUGGAACAGAGAUUCAAAAAUCCUGGCCUGAGCGCUCGUGUCCUUAUGUUAAGGGCUACUCUUCAGAGGGAUACAUUUGAACGACUUUCUCCAAACGAAGAUUUCGAGGACUCGGGUUAUCGUUUAGCAUUAUCCGAGGAUCUCCUUUUCAAGGCAGUGUUUAAUUUCGAUCAACGACAGUUCGCCAGCAAAUACCCUCGCCCUGGUACCAGCGGCUUACCAGUACAUGAGGCCUUCCCUUCAGUACUAUAUGAGCCAGUGUUGCAGGCUUAUAGUGCGGAAGGAAUGUAUCGUCGAACACAACUAAUGCUUAGAGAGUAUGCGAAGGAUCUGCAAGCUUCCUUGGCUUCAGACAAACGCACUGUUGUUCCCUCAUUGCGCUUCCUAUCCGUGUUAAUGGAAGUGUAUUCACAGGAUGGAAAUUUUGAGGCAGUCCAAAAGUGUUGGGAUUUAUCAUUGCGAAGAGCAGGGAAAAUGUUGAUAAGAUCUCCUGUUUCGCCAGCCAUUAAUCCGCCAGUACCCAAGGGCAACGUCGCUCUACCUGGAGUUGCAUUCGAGUUGGCUUCUGAUACUGAGUCGCAAUCCACUUCUCAUGGUGGGGAAGAAAUGCUGGGUGAAUCAAUCAUUUCAGAAGAUCCAGCAUCGGAUCUUCUCGAUGAGCAGGUCAAAGCUCCACAUUAUCCAGCAGAGGAAUCUAUUAUUCCAUCACAACGGUUCAUAUUGUCGCGACACUUCUCCAUCUAUAUAUCAAUGGUCGGAAAAGCUGAAUUGGCUCACUUAUGUGCGGACCCUUGCUACAUCGAACACAGCAUCUGA